AUGACCGACCUUUUGAGACUAAGCCCUCCCUCUUUUGAGCACCAUCCUACCGGACUGGGACUCGCGGUUGCCACUCCCCGUGUGUCGUGGCGCUUCGUGUGCACCGACGGCGGUCCGAUAGGAUGGGAGCAGGAGAUCUAUGAGAUUGAGAUCGCUCGAUCACCUGAGAUCACAGGCGAAACAUACCGUGUGUCCAGCAAUGACUCGGUUCUUGUGCCCUGGCCAAGUGCCCCGCUGCGAUCUCGCGAACAGAGGACUGUCCGCGUGCGAGUCUAUGGCUCCCUGGAAGGACAGUCGAGCAACGUCCCCAGUGCAUGGUCACCCUGGGCCACAGUUGAAUGCGCUUUUCUCGAACGCAGUGACUGGCAGGCGUGUGCGAUUGGCAACACAAUCAAGCCCUCGACAGAAAGUCCGUUGCGGCCGACCCGCUUUAGACGCACAUUCUCCCUACCAUUCGACCCAACUUCUGGCGGACGGGCCAGGCUGUACAUCACCAGCCUGGGUGUGUACCGUGCCUUUAUCAACGGUCAACAGGUGGGCGACCAUUGCAUGGCACCCGGCUGGACAAGCUACAAGCACCACCUGAACUACCAGAUUUUCGACAUCGCAUCCUUUCUGAAGCCCGCCGGCGAUAAUGUCAUAUCCGUCGAGGUGGGAGAAGGCUGGUAUGCCACAUUGCUGGGAUUCCGGCCUGGGAAACGUUGUCUGUACGGCGAUGAGCUGGGUAUCGUGGCUCAAUUAGAGGCAGAGUCCAGCAAGGGGGAGGUAUUCCGUCUGAACUCAGACUCUACUUGGUCUUGUCAGCCUAGUGCGAUCUUGCGAAGCGAAAUAUACAAUGGAGAACUAUAUGAUGCCCGAGAAGACACGCUGGGGUGGAACGGCUCCGCAGAUGUCGACCCUUCCGCUUGGAACCCCGUUCGGGAGCUGCCUUUCCCUGGAGCCGAGCUGAUUGCUACCGACGCACCCCCUGUCCGUGUCACGGAGGAGGUCACCCCUAUCGAUAUUAUCACCACGCCGUCUGGGAAGACGGUGGUCGAUUUUGGGCAAAACCUCGUGGGAAAGCUGCGUGUCCACAGUCUUAACAAGCCUUCAGGCCACCGCGUGACUUUCACCCAUGCCGAAGUCUUGGAGAAUGGAGAGCUCGGCACACGACCUCUAAGAACGGCCAAGUGCGCCGACGAGAUUGUGUCAGCAGGCAGUGAGCUUAGCAACUGGUCUCCGCAGUUCACUUUCCAUGGCUUCCGCUACGUCCAGGUCGAUGGCUGGACGCCCGCUGAUGAAGAUCCGCUUUCGCUGAACCAGCUGACGGCCUUGGUUCUGCAUACUGAUAUGGCUCGCACUGGAUGGUUUUCCUGCUCCCACCCGAUGAUUAAUCAACUUCAUGAGAACGCGUUGUGGAGUACUCGUGGAAACUUCGUAUCAAUCCCGACCGACUGUCCACAGAGAAAUGAGCGUCUUGGCUGGACUGGGGACAUUCAAAUAUAUUGUCCGUCCGCUAGCUUUCUAUACCAUACGUCGGGUAUGCUAAGUGGAUGGCUGAAGGAUGUGGCAGCUGAGCAACUCAUAGAUGCCAACGAUGGCAUACCCCCAUUUGUUGUGCCUGAUGUCCUACAGGAUGUCUGGCCCCAUGCGCCUCAGGCUGUCUGGGACGAUGUGACCGUGCUGACACCCUGGUCGCUCUACUGCUCGUACGGCGACGCCAACAUCCUCCGGAGACAGUAUCCUAGCAUGAUUGCAUGGCUGGACCGAGGUAUUCGACGUGGUUCCGAUGGUCUAUGGGAACCGCAGCUCUGGCAGCUUGGCGACUGGCUUGACCCUACGGCGCCCCCGGUAGAGCCGGGAGAUGCACGCACUCAUGGAGUGUUGGUUGCCGAUGCAUAUCUCGUCCAUGUCACCACCGUGAUGUCACGUAUCAGCAAGAUCCUUGGCAUGACCUCGGAUGCUCGACGCUUUUGUGCUGACGCAUUGCGAUUAAAGGCAGCCUUCCAGCACAAGUACAUUGCACCGUCUGGGCUACUUGUGGGCGACUCUCAGACGGCUCUGAGCUUGGCAAUACAGUUUGAUUUGUUCUCCACCUCUGAGCAACGUGUCACUGCUUCCGAGCGUUUAGCACACCUAGUGAGGUUGGCGAAAUUCCGUGUUGCAACCGGUUUCGCUGGUACGCCCAUCAUAACCCACGCUCUGACAAAAGCCGGCCAUCAUCAAAUCGCCUAUCGCAUGCUCCAGGAGAAGGGUUGUCCCUCCUGGAUGUAUCCCAUUACCAUGGGGGCGACGACCAUCUGGGAGCGGUGGGAUAGUAUGUUGCCCGACGGCACUAUCAAUCCAGGCGAAAUGACCAGCUUCAACCAUUACGCCCUUGGUUCAAUCAUAAACUGGCUACACACUACCGUGGCAGGAGUCAGCCCCAUAGAACCAGGUUGGAAGACAUUCCGUGUCGCCCCUCUACCCGGAGGUACCGUCACCUCUGCGGAAGCGCAAUACGAGACGCCAUACGGUCGACUCGAGUGCCAUUGGGCCAUCAAGGAUGGUGACCAUUUCAACCUGAAACUGCUAGUCCCUGCCAACAGCAAGGCAUUUGUCAUUCUGCCAGAUAAUCGGAAAGGAAGUGUCGACGCCAGCGACGAGGAGCGAGGGGAAUGGGUCGGCUCGGGGUUUCAUCAGUUCUCCUCUCGUUGGGAUAAUUUGGCUCAUUGGCCGCCCGAUUCAAUCAUUCCUAUUAUGCGAAGAAGGCAACCGGAGGAGAUUGCGUGA